CCAGUCCCCCAGCCAGCCCUCUCGUUCCCCCAUUCCAUUUCGUUGCUGGAGCCCUCCUCGCUUUCGCUGGUGGCGCCGUCCAUGUCUCCUCCUCCUGCACACUGAUUGAGCUCUCUCUCUUCCUCCCUCCCUGUCUCUUUCCCUCCCUCCCUCUCUCUCCUACUGUUAGCUGCUAGCAGCUAGGGUUUGCCCAUGGCCCUUCUCCUUUUUUGAGCCAUCGCCUUUUACUCCCCCCCUUCUCUCUCUCUGAGGUGACUCAUGACACAUCCAUCCCCACUAGCUCUCUAGCCCCAUCCUCAUCAGCACCCUCUCUCUCGGCCUCUGUCUCUCUUGGCUUGCACUGUUCCUGGUAUAGCUCCGGCUCGAUCGUUCUCUCUUAGCAGCUAAGGAAGGCCACAUAAAUUAUAAAAGGCGCCACUUGAGGGCAGGGGCCAAGGAAAGUUGUGGUUUCUUCUUCUUCUUCUUCCUCCUCGUGCCUUCUCUUCCCCCUCGAAGAGUCACGGUCAGUGCAAGGAAGGAAGAGGGCAAGAGCUUCUUCUCCACCGCGUCGGUCGGUCCAUCAUCAUGGUGUUCUCCUCCCUCCCGAUCUUCCUAGACCCUCCCAAUUGGGGCCAGAUGCAGAUGCAGCAGCAGCAGCCACCGCUCCAGUGUCUCCUCGGCGGCGGCGGUGGCGGGAGCGACCACCACCACCUGAUGCCUCCGCCGUCCGGCCUGGCGCCGCUGCCGGGCGGCCCUGCUGACACCGCGGCGAGCGCUCCGGCGGGCGGCGGCUCGUCCACCUCGAUGCAGGCCGCUGCGGGGGCGGCGGCGCAGCCGCGGCCGGUCGUGUCGAUGGCGGAGCGCGCCCGGCUGGCGCGCGUGCCGCUGCCGGAGCCCGGCACGCUGCGGUGCCCGCGCUGCGACUCCACCAACACCAAGUUCUGCUACUUCAACAACUACUCGCUCUCGCAGCCGCGCCACUUCUGCAAGGCGUGCCGCCGAUACUGGACCCGCGGCGGCGCGCUCCGCAACGUGCCCGUCGGCGGCGGGUGCCGCCGCAACACCAAGCGCUCCAGCAAGAAGUCCUCCCGUGGCGGCGGCGCGGGCGCCACGGCGGCCACGUCCUCCUCCUCCACAACCUCCACCUCCACCACGGCCACCACCACCACCGCCACCACGAGCGCAGCCAUGGCGGCGGCCGAGGCCAUCGCCAGCAUGCAGGCGCAGCUGCCCCACCUCGGCCUCCCGCCUGCCGCCGCCGCCGCCGCCCUGGAGGCGUCGCUGGAGGGGUACCACCACUACCUGCCGCUCCAGAUGCAGCCUCAGUUCCUGCAGCAAGCUGGCCUGCACGGCUACCACUUCGCUGACGACGGCAGCGGCGUCCUCGCAGACGGGUUCCCGAGGGGCGUCGUCGCCUCGGGCCUGCUAGCGCAGCUCGCCGCCGUGAAGAUGGAGGAGCACGGCGGCGGCGGCGGCGGCGGAGGCGCCGUCGCGGCGCAUGAGCAGCCGUACUGGGCUGGCAGCAACGGCGGCGGCAGCGGGUGGCCGGCGGAGUUCCUGUCGGGGUUCAGCUCGUCGUCGUCGGGGAAUGUGUUGUGAGUUGCAUGUGGCCGUCCAGAUGGGGAUGCAUGCAUGGGGGCCAUGCAUGGAUGCUAGUUGCUGAAACUGAACUGGCUCACCCUUAAAGUAGUUCUAGGGUUUAUGUGAUUUGGGGACUUGAUCAGAGUUGUUCUUCGUCAAUUAGGAUGGUGAUCAAUCAUGUGUUGGGGUUUUACAUGUUCUUUUCCUUCUCAUUUUAAGAGUUUCGAGCUGGUUAAUGUCGUGUAGUUGGUAGUUUUGCAUGUAGUGGUGGGAGGUGCAUGCAUGUGUUAACUCAUGGAGGUGAUAUGUGUCAAGUUACUUAACUAUAUACUAUGUUUAAUUAAUUACAAUGGGAACUUGAUCAUGGUUGUACUAGUGCGAGUUCAAAAUUUCAAAUGUGUGUUUGGAUUUUUUCA